UGAAGCAUCUAUGAUUCUUAAUAUUAUAUGUAAAUUCAUCGUGAAUUUAAUGAAAAUUGAUUAUUUUUAUCGACUUUUUCUUUUAUUUACUCGUGGCGCCACCUGUUGAGUAAAUUGGAAACCCCAACCUCCCACCAUUAUUACCAACAAAGCGGCCACGCCCAAAGCAAGCGACGCCAUCUUGAUUGUCGCAUCAUGAAAAUUUACUCCCUCAUUUUUUUUGUUAUUUCGCACAUUUUAGUAAUGUUUUAAUGUCCCGAAGGGUUGAAUUCGUGUUCUUUUGCCGUAAAUAGAAGAAAUUGUUCACAAAAUUGGAUCACUUUACAAAAAAAUCGUAAAUUUACAGAAACUAACGACGCGUUCCCAUUGCCAACAAAGUGCUUCUUGAAAAAGGUAAUUAUUCCCUAUUUUUGCCAUCCGUUUGUAAAAAUUCUUUAUCCUAAAGCAUCUCAUUCAUAAUUUGUGAUAAAUUUAAUAGGAAUUUUAUAAAAAUUCAUUAUAUUGGAUAUUUUUAUCGAUUCAGUCUUUUUUUCGUUUCCUACUAGCGCCAUCUGUCGAGUAAGUUCGAAACCAUCAACCCAAUUAGUAAGGAACAUUGUUUUUCACCUGUCAGCUGUUCUUUAAUAAUAAUAGUUCUUUAUUGCAAUAUUAGAUAGGGAUAUUAUUGUUGUUGGUCGAGUGAAUAAUUAACGCCCCCACUGUUAUAUAGUAAUAAAAGUACCAUUGUAAAAAAAAACAUUCAGAGUAGAUGACAAUAUUAAGUGACGCGCCGUGAAAAUUUGCUCCUUUAAAGUUUUUCCAUUGUUUAUACCACUUUCCUAGUCGCGAAGUAUUUAGUUUGUGUUUUUUGCCGUAAUAUUAAAUAAAUUUUACUAGAAAUUGAAUAUUUUCCGGAAAAAUCGUAAUUUUAGAUUGUAAUUAAAAGCGUUCUCAUGGCCAACAAUGGAUUUCGUGAGAAAAGUGUAAUUAUUCAUUAUUUUUAUUAUCUAUCUGCAGGGCUCGAACUAGUAUUGUCGUGGAAGUGAAGGGGAAAGGAAAUGAAAUUUUAUUCAAGGAAAAUGAAAUUAAGGAUCGUCUUAUGUUUGGAUGGAAAAGUCGCGUGAUUGGGGCGUGUAUUGAUGGACUUUUAACUGUCAAACUCAUCUCUUACUCUUUGGCAAGCACGAGAGAGAUGAGGUUGACCGAGCACGUGAACUUGAAUCGAUCCUGAGAAUUGGAGAAGAAAAGUAGAUUUUCCAAUCGGGCGUAAAAGGGGGACUUUUGUUUUAUUGGCCGCGCGCGCUAGAGAUCAAAAGCCCAGAGGCAGUUGAUGGACGGUACCGGUGGGAUUGAGAGAAUUAUCCCGAAAAUCCGGAAUGUCGUGGCAGGUUAUGUCCCUCAUGAUGUGAGUUAGUGGGUGUUUUGUCGCCGGUAGUAAACGUUACAUAUAAACCUGCAUGCUACCAGUCCAGUGUCAUUGACUCACGAAUCUGACUUGCGCGCUCGACCAUCCGUGUGAAACGCUUUCAUCUCCUGGAUUUCUGAAUUCUGGAUUUCAAUGGGCCUGGAAUUUCUAUAGUGUGCAACGAAAAUGGAUUUAAAGUUCAAGAUCAGUGAUACUUUUUAAGAACUUGGACUCUAUUGAUUUCUUAUUCGAAUGACGGUCAAGAUCGAAUAUCCAAUUAAGGAGGAUAAUGAGAUGAGAAGAAAGUCGCGUGUCAAUUUUUUGUUUACAUUCGAAGAAAAUAGUUUGUGUUUUUGAAAAUAGAUUAAACGAACAAUGUUCUGAAGAGAAAAAGAAACAUUCUUUGAGGUUAGAAUUAAAAAUAAAAGUUCGCGGAGUGUUAAAAUCAAGUGUUUUAUUAUAAUUAUAGUGUUGACGUAUUGUCAUUUCGAUGAUUUUGAAUAACACGUGGACAAUUUUUUAUUUAAUUGUUGUGUUUAGUGUUUCGGGUAUUACAAGUGAUUGCUGAAGGAAAAUAAUUAAAAGUGUGUUUGGAGAAUCAAGAAUCAUGGAGGGACAAAUAGGAUCUAGAGCUGUGGUGAUGCUGAAAAUGAAGUUGCUGUUGCUGGUCGUCUUCUGUACUACUCCUGUUGUUAAAGUUGCUGGCGCAGCGCAGUCGUUUCGAAUCAGACCGUCGAAUAAUUCAGUGUCAGAAGGUAGAGAUGUGCUUUUAAAUUGUGCGGUUGAUAACAGAGUUGGAAUCGUUCAGUGGGCCAAAGAUGGAUUUGCAUUCGUCGUUCAACAAAAUGGCGAAAUUGUCGGUUAUCCAAGAUUGAGGCUAGUUGGUGAGCCAAAUAACGGAAUUUACAAUUUGAAGAUAACAAAUGCAUCUUUAAGUGACGAUGGAGAAUAUCAGUGUCAAGUGGGACCAUUUCUCAGAGCAAAAGCCAUUCGGGCCAACGCGCAUCUCAACGUUAUCUCUCCCCCUCAAAUAGUUGAGAUUAGCAGUCAUCCACAUUUGGACAAAAUAGAAAUAAAAGCCGGAGAUAAAUUAACACUGGAGUGCGCGGUACGAAUGGCUAAACCAGCUGCCACUAUUAUUUGGUAUCGAGAAAAUGUUGCAAUCAAAGGAGGCGAUAUCAACGUCGACCCUAUACCAGUAUCGGAUGAUAAAGAGAUACUAAAGGAUCAGGGCAAUAAGAAAAAACCAAUGAAAUUCGAUACAACUGGAUCAUUAACUAUUGUUACAACUCCCGAAGAUGAUGGAAUGAGUUAUACCUGCGAAGCGAGACAUCCUGCCAUUGGAAUUGAACGACCGAUGAGAGCAACUGUGAAAUUAUCUGUUUUCUAUCCUCCUGAACCGCCUCAAAUAGAAGGCUACACCGAAGGGGAAACUCUUCGACGUGGACAGCAAGUUGAGUUGGUGUGCAAGUCUCGAGGUGGCAAUCCACCAGCGCAGGUCGUUUGGUUCAGAAAUGGAGAGCAAAUAAAUUCAGCUUACCGCACUGAGGGUCGAACAUCGCAGAAUAUACAAACAUUUUUGGCCCAAGCGCAGGACAAUAAAGCCCGUUACACUUGCGAAGUCUCAAACAUAAUGAGCGUUCAGCCCAUGAAAGCUCACGUCGAUCUCACCGUUCUCUUCGCUCCCAGUGGAGUGAAAAUAUCCGGACCAACCGAGGCGAAAGCGGAGGAAAAAGUUGUAAUAACUUGUACGACGGAAAAUUCAAAUCCAACUGCGGAAAUAAAGUGGACAAUAGAUAAGCAUAUUAUCUUGAAUAUGACGUCGAAAACUGAAAUUGCACCGGAAGGUGGUUUUAUCACCAGUUCUAACGUUACCUUCGCCAUUAACAAAGCCGCUCAGAAGGUCGUUGCAAUAUGCCAGGCACUAAACCAAAAGCUCACUGAGACCAUAGUGGGAACACAUACAAUUAACGUGAUUUAUCCGCCGUCACAUUUACGAAUCACUGGUUAUGAGGAAGGGACGACAAUUCAGGCGGGUAACGUUUUAAAAUUGGCGUGUUCGGUCACUUCUGGAAAUCCACCGCCAACAAUUACUUGGUAUAAGAACGAGAAGAAGGUACGUAAUGAGGUUCAAGAUACAAUCAGGCAUCACGAACACAUUGUCACAAGUGAACUUGCUCUGGUAAUCAACGCCUCGGACAACAACGCUCACAUUAAAUGUGAGGCGGUCAAUUCCGCAACGACAUAUCCCAUGUCACAAAAAUUAAUUCUAAAAGUUCUCUUCCCUCCGGAUAAAGUUAAAAUAACAACGGAUCCAAGAUCAUUCGAGGCUGGCGGUUCUGGAAAAUUGAUAUGCGAAUCAAGUAGCAGUAAUCCAGCAGCCGAAAUGUCCUGGUGGAUGGCUGGAAUCCCGGUCGAGGGCACUGAAAACUCAACUAAACCGGGACUCCACGGUGGAUACGUUUCAAUAGUCACAUUGCCAUUGGACUUCAAGGAAUCUAUGAACAAUAACGUUUAUACAUGCCAGGCGAGAAAUGCAGCUAUGGAGAGGUCCAUUCACGACGCAGUCACCCUCAACAUUCUUUAUAAGCCAAUUUUCACGAAUCCGGAGCCAAGUGAGUUGAUAGGAAUGGAAAAUGAACCGUAUAUUAUAACGUUACAAACGAGAGGGAAUCCGGGGAAAAUAACUUACACUUGGACACGAGAUGGAUUACAUCUUCCUGACAGAGGGAGGAGAAUGACAGCUCGAGGGCCCACCUUGAAUAUCACGAAAUUGGAACGUUUAGACUCGGGAAGUUACGUGUGUGAAGCUAUAAAUGACAAAGGCGCCACAUUUUAUCACUUGAAUCUAACAGUUCAAUAUCCUGCGAAAAUUACAAGAACGUCAACAUCUGGCGUUAUUUAUCCACCGGAGAAAGAAGCGAAACUUUUUUGUGAGGUGGAUGGCAGUCCAAUGGGUGAGGAAUAUAUCACGUGGUACAAAGCUGGAACGAGCAUUGAGGUCCUCGGGAAAUAUUCACUUUCAUACGUGAAUAAGACGUCGUUUCUUCAUAUCGAAAAUCCAGGAAGAGAUGACGUGGGCGAAUAUCAAUGUAAUGUCAACAAUGGAAUUGGAAAUGUUACCUCCAGUCCAAUAUUAUUUAUCACAAAUUUCAUUCCGGAAAUGGCGAACUCGCCACUGACGAGAAAAGCGGCUGCCGUCAGGGGAGUGAACGCACAGCUUUUUUGUAAAGCACGAGGAUCUCCUCUACCGGAAUUCUCAUGGUUUUUCAAUGGAAAACCUCUUUUGCCUAAUCUCACUGAAUAUAAAUAUGGUUUUACAUCAAGUAACUUAUCCGAACUCUAUUCGCAGUCAGUAUUGACAGUGAAUCGUGUGACGUCAGAAGAUUAUGGAAAAUAUGAGUGUCAAGCUCGCAAUAAAAUGGGCAUGAAUAAGGAAUUAAUUCAAUUAGACGUAACGUCACCGCCAGAUCAGCCGUCGGAUUUGGAAAUUUAUAAUGUAACACACGAUUCGGUGAUGUUAAUAUGGAAACGGGGAUUCGACGGUGGAUUGCCGACUUCGCAUCAAAUUCGUUGGCGCCAAGCUCUCGACUAUGAGAAUCGUUAUCAUUAUUUGGAUGUGUCGCCGGGAGAUUAUAAAGCACUUAUCACCGGUCUCUCAUUGGGGACUUACUAUGUCUUUAGCAUUAAAGCCAUGAAUUCGAAAGGCGAAAGUGCUUUCCUGCCGGAUCUAGUCAAAGUUCAAACAUUACGGCCCAAUAAUGCCGAGAAUGUACCCGAAGUCCUUUUGGAAAGAAGUGACAUUCCACUCAAUUAUAUCUAUACAGUAGCAGCAACUUCAAUCGUCUUUUUUAUUAUUAAUCUCUUCGUCAUGUUGUGGUAUAUAGUCAGAAAGAGAAAUAAAACUCGAAUAAAUAAAUCGCAUACGGCAGAUAUGUACGCGCCAUCAACAGUGAAUGGCGACACGAUAACCGGUGAACUAAGUUCAGUAUCGGAUGAGAAGAGUGACGUGAAUUUCGACGCAAAUGAUUACGUGGAUGAAGGACGAAAGACGGCAGCUAGUACCUAUUUAAUUGAUUCUGGUAUUCAGGACUAUGGGAAAAGUAGUUUAGAAAUGCAGGUGCAUCAUCAAGGUACUUUAAGUCGUCGUAAUCAUGUUCCUAGUGUAAUGAAUAUGGAUUCACCGCCACAACGAACGACAGCAAGCGGUACACUCUCGGCCUCGAAGUCGAGUUAUAUAGGGAAUCCGAGCCCAGCCCCACCUUCCGAAGUAAACUUCUACAGUGUGGAGAUGGACAAUGGCCUCUUUAUGGGAUAUGAAGUUGACUCAAGCCCGGGCCCAAUGAUGGGGGAUCCGGGUCCGGGUGCCUAUUAUCCUUCCCUAGGAUCCGUCGGACACAUGGGUCCAUUAACGACAGUGAUGCCAGGCACGGGGACGUUAAAUCGAAACAGGACACUUCCGCGUCCAGUCCCCCCCCCAGACGUCACUGUUAUGACUGCAGGAAUAAAGUCGCAACUACCGCCUUCGGUACCCCCCCCGCCAGCUACAUUUGCACGUGCGGCCCACAUCCCCGUCAAUUCCCACGGGCACCCAUUGUCAACUUUCACAUCGACACCAACAUAUUCUGAUAUCGAUGGUCAUCUUGUCUGAAACAUGGACACAUUACGAUCAAGUAAGAAGAAGAAAGUAUCCACCUGUCCCUCUGAUUAUAAUGGGGAAAUAACUCUCAGUCCGGAAGAGUGCACUCGCCUAUAGUAAGAAAAAAAAAAGAAAAAGAUUGUUUAUAUCUUUUAAGUCAGUGGUGAUCCCUCCUUCGCUAUUAACAAGAAAAAAAAAUUAUUAUUACAUAUAAAUUUUAAGCAUUAAUACACAAUUCAUGCGAGACGAUUUCAAAAAUCGAUCAAUCUCAAAUUAAUUGUGUGUCACUCUGUAUAUUUUGUAUAGAAGAUAAAAAAAAAUACUCUUAUAUUCGUUUUGUAUAGGAAACUACGUUAGGUGUAAAUGAUAAACGGUUAUUUUACCUGUGACAAUCUCAGUUAAUGCAGUCAUUACAAAUUUUUUUAUUAUUC